AUGCCUCUCUUUAGCAAUUAUCCGGGCCUGGACGAUAUCUCCUUACAGCUAUCGCUCCCGGCUUUGGUUUUCAGCAUUACUACGCCUCUUAUUGUUCUUGCCCGAUUCGUUGCCCGAUUGACUCACGGUAAUCAUUUGGGACCGGACGAUUGGGUCAUUUUAGUGUCCCUGCUCUUUGCCGAAACAGUGUCUAUUCAAAUGAUACUAUGUUGCGAAUGGGGAUUUGGCAAACACACCAAAGCUCUACCCGUCGAGUUAGUGAAGCGGACCUUGGAAAUGUACUACUUUGCCCAGAUCUUCUACAAGGUCGCCAUUGGAUUGACCAAGAUCUCGAUAUUACUUCUAUAUGUCCGAGUCUUUGGUGUAUGGAAGUCCUUCAAGUGGCUCUGUUGGUUGAUGAUGGGCCUAGUACUUGCGUUCACCAUUGCUUCGGUCACGGUCUCUGUCUUCCAGUGCUCACCAAUCAACUUCGCCUUCGAUAAGAGUGCCAAUGGAGGUCAUGGUACUUGUGUCGACAUGACCAAGUUUUGGUACGCCAACGCUGGGUUCAAUAUCGGCAGUGAUGUUAUCAUCAUUCUCCUACCAAUUCUCCCCGUGAAAAGCUUGCAAUUGCCAAUAAGGAGCAAGGUUGCUCUCUGCGGUGUAUUUGCCAUAGGUGGCUUUGUCUGUGUCACAUCCAUACUCCGCUUCACUACCUUGAAUGUCUCGACAUCACAUAAAGACAUCAUGUGGCAAUCAAUAGGUAGCAGCAUGUGGACUGUGAUCGAGUACAACUUAGGAAUCACAACAGCUUGUCUACCCGCACUACGUCGCCCUCUUGCUUCAAUCUUCCCGGCCCUCCUAGGACGGGGUUCUCGAAACUGGGACUCCGGUCCAACUAUGCAACGGGGCACCACAAUCAACAGCAUUAGUACUGAAGACUCUACAAGGAGAAUAUACAGGUCUUCACUCCACGCCGUGGGUUGUCCUGAACACUUGAAUGAUAAGAUGACGCACGCCUCCCGAGAUGACCGCUACAGAAGUGGUCUGCGUACGGAGACUUACGAUUUUACGACAGACGGUCGACGCUCGAGUGAGUUCCAAGAGGACAUUCUAAAAGAGUUCCCUUUAUGGGAGAAUGGUAUAAUGAAGACGAUCGAGACGGAAGUACGUGUUGAGGGAGACAGUGUUGUUGGCAGCAGCGAUGCUGGGCAUGUGGAUGAGGAGAAGCCAGCUUUUCCCCGAUAUGUCUUUGAUCCUGUUUCAUGGAGACCGCUUCCUAGGAAAAGUCUCGAUCAACCGGAUCCGCCCCAAUUCGUACCCGGGGGUUAG